GGUUGCAUUAUUCGUGCAUAUGGCUCAAACUGAGAUGUUGGAGUUUGGUGUGGAGCAGGGACAGAUGCUGCAGGUCUUGAUGCAGCACUGUCAUAGCAUGAAGCGUCAGGAGACACGACUGCGCGUGGCCACUGCGGUGCUGCUUGCAACGUUCUUCGCGACUCUGGUGUGGCUACAAUUUCACCAUCAAAAUACUACGGAGGCAUUCUCAGUUGCCCAUCAAGAGGCUUCGAACACUGAAGAAUCACCACUAGGACACUCUGUUCAUCUUGAACCUGCAAGACAGAUUGAUGCUUGUUCAGAACAACAGUGCAUCGAGUGGGUGGAUGUGGAUGAUGGCUAUGACUCGCAAAAUUUCAAGCUGGAAAACCAAACAGUCCUGCACAUCUUCACAAAGGGCCUCUACUUGAUCAAUCUGAGGAUGUCUUACCGUAUAGCCUAUGGUCAGUGUAAGCCUAGUACAGAUCAUUUGACUUUAGUGGUCAUUGUCACACAGCAUCAUAGCAACUAUGGAAGAGAGAGAGAGAUUAUAAGUGCUAAAGAGUCUAUGAUUUGUAGAGAUUAUUGGCUGCAGUCAAUCACUUUGAAUCGAGCGAUCAUGUUAGAAGCUGGCACUAGUCUCAGGGUGAGAAUUAACCAGGAAAGUUGCAAGUUUGUCAACUGGGUUAAAAACAGUCAUUUGGAUGUCUCAUUUUUUAACAUGAGUUUUACUACCUGAUGGCAUUACUGCGCAUUUGAGAUUUGUUAGAAACGGCAUUAAGCAGGUGUGUUUAAUUGUUUAAUGACCUAUUAUUUAGGUGCUUAAUUAUACGAGAAUGUUUAACCACUUUAAUUGGUUAAUAUUUUCAGGUUUAUUGAGAGGUUUACUCUCAUUCAUUAUGCUGAAAUUGUU